AUUGGAUUAAAAAGAAGUAUUGUAUUUGAAAAUUUGAACCAAUAAGGAGAGUAGAAGAAGAUUCAUAUCUCUGCAAAUAUUUUUCGAGCUAAUUCCUGUAUGUAAAUACGUGCAGUUUCUUGGAUUGUUUAAAGAAAAGAAAAGAAAAUACAAGCAGUUACUUGGAAAAGGGAAAUUACGUAGACAUGAGAGGAGGAUAGAUGGCAGAGCAACGCCAUUAUCAAGAUUCCAUCGGACUCUACCUAACGAGGCGUGUGCUCCUCUCAUGCCCAAGUAGGCCCUCGCCCACCCAUCUCGUCAUGGACCCAAUAUCCCUCCAUUGCUUGCGCCUCCCUCUUCUUCCAUCUCCAGUGAUCUCCUCUAUAAAUUCAUGCAUGACCCAAGAGCGGAGGUACAGCCAUUUGCUUCAAAAACUCAAUAACGCCCCAGUUUUCUUCAGUUUCGAAGCUUCCUUUUACGUUAAUCCACCACCAUGUCAAGCACCUGCGGCAACCGCGACUGCGCUGAUAAGAGCCAGUGCGUGAAGAAGGGCAGCAGCUACACUGCUGACAUAGUUGAGACUGAGAAGAGCUUUGUCUCCACUGUUGUCAUGGAGGUUCCCGCCGCCAAGCACGAUGGCAAGUGCAAGUGCGGUGCUAGCUGCACCAGCACUAACUGGGUCACUAAACUUAUAAAAACUAAACGUAAUUAAUGAGUGUGAGGUUGCAGGGCAGUCGCUAAUAAUGUACUUGUACUAAAUAAUGUGUUUUCUGUUGUCAUAAUUGCGGGUAUGGUGCGAAAUACUCUAUGUUUCCUUGCAUAGUCGUUUAAUGGCCAUAUCUAUGGCCUUUGUGUGGCUUAAUUAAUGAAUUACUAUUAGUAUAAGCCUGCCUCUAAUUAUCUUUUCCUGAUAUCUAGUUUUUUCCGUUUCCCAACUGUUUUGAUUCUUACUUCAUAGCUAUAAUUAUUCCGCUCCAUUGGCAAAGGAGCCCUAAAUAAAUUCCCAUAUCACACUAUUUGUUUAA